UCCAUAUAAUAUCAUGUGGAGACAUUAAUUCCAAAACAAAUUAACUCAUAAUCGAUUGAUGGGGACAUGUAAACAAGAUGUUAUUGCUGCUUCUGCUUCACAAUAUCCCCAAAAUAAGUAUCUUCGAUCAAUCAACAGUAAAAUAAAAUAUAAAAAAAAGAUGCAAUAUAAAAAGAAGUGAAUUUGGAGAAGUAUAAAAAAGUUGGGGGGAAAUCAACCAAACAUUAUUGGACAAGUGUUAUCAAGUUUUUCAUAUGGGUUAAUUUUCCUACUAACCCAACCCACUCACUGUCUCACUAUCACAUGAUCAGGCAAGGAAAACGCGUAGAUCCAGAGAGAAUUCAUCACCAAACACAAGUAAACAAAAUAAAAUAAAGUAAAAUCUUGACCAAAAAAUAAAAAUAAAAUAAAGCUUGUUACAAAAACAAAAAAGAUCACCGACACACAUACACAAAACUAACAAAAAUAAAUAAGAUCAAAUAAUGAAAAAAAUUAAUUAAAAUUCAAUGCAAAAUUAACGACCAUGACGCGAUUUGUCUCUCAAAAUCUCUUCUUCACACACUCAGCCGCUUUGCUGCGAGAAGAGAAGAGAAGAGAAAGUUGGUUGGUUUCCCAAUAUAGACUCUCACUAAUAUAGACAAAAGCAACUUCUUAGAUCCGAUUCUCCCUCCACUCUCUCUCCCCCCUGCCUUGAUCUUCAUCUUCAUCCUCAUCCCUUGCCUUCCUCUUCCGUUAUACACGAUGAGGGGAAGAUCAGAUGGAGGGAAAAAGAAACAUGUGAUCGUUCUGGUCUGCAUCGCAGCGGUUGUUCUUGUUUUUGUAUACCUCUUCUUUGGCUCCUCUAACCAUGGGGCUUCCGCUAUUGAGUAUGGGAGGAAGCUUGGUUUGGGUGGCGAUGAUGAUGAUGCUUCCAAAAAGGACGAGGCUUCUUCCACCUCCUUUUAUGUUGAUGAUGAUGAUGCCAACGGCUUCACUCCAAGAAGCUUCCCUGUGUGUGAUGACCGGCACUCGGAGCUUAUCCCUUGCUUAGACAGGAAUCUCAUUUACCAGAUGAGAUUGAAGCUUGAUUUGUCUUUGAUGGAGCAUUAUGAACGUCAUUGCCCUCCUCCUGAAAGGAGGUUUAACUGCUUGAUUCCUCCUCCUCCUGGUUAUAAGGUUCCGAUCAAGUGGCCGAAAAGCAGAGACGAAGUUUGGAAAGUGAACAUUCCUCAUACUCACCUUGCUCAUGAGAAGUCUGACCAAAACUGGAUGGUUGUCAAAGGAGAUAAAAUCAAUUUCCCUGGUGGAGGCACUCAUUUUCACUACGGUGCUGAUAAGUAUAUUGCAUCCAUGGCAAAUAUGCUUAAGUUUCCGAACAACAUUUUGAACAAUGGGGGAAGGCUGAGGACGUUUCUAGAUGUAGGCUGUGGUGUUGCAAGUUUCGGUGGUUACCUUCUUGCAUCAGAUAUUAUGACCAUGUCCUUGGCACCAAACGAUGUGCAUCAGAACCAAAUCCAGUUCGCUCUUGAGAGAGGGAUUCCUGCAUACCUCGGCGUUCUUGGAACAAAGAGGCUCCCAUACCCGAGCAGAUCAUUUGAGCUUGCACAUUGUUCACGUUGCCGAAUUGACUGGCUUCAGAGAGACGGUAUCCUUCUUCUCGAGCUGGACAGGGUGCUGAGACCUGGUGGCUAUUUCGCAUAUUCGUCUCCAGAAGCAUAUGCACAAGAUGAGGAGGAUCUCAGAAUAUGGAGGGAAAUGAGUGCUCUUGUGGAGCGCAUGUGUUGGACCAUAGCUGCUAAAAGGAACCAAACUGUGAUUUGGCAGAAACCAAUGACAAACGAUUGUUAUCAGGAAAGAGAACCUGGAACCCAGCCUCCUCUUUGUAACUCUGACAGUGACCCUGAUGCUGUGUAUGGUGUAAACAUGGAAGCAUGCAUCAGUCAAUACAGUGAACAUGACCACAAAACCAAGGGAAGUGGAUUGGCUCCAUGGCCAGCUCGAUUAACCUCUCCUCCUCCCCGGCUAGCUGAUUUUGGAUAUUCCACCGACAUGUUUGAGAAGGAUACGGAAACUUGGAGGCGUAGGGUAGAUGCUUACUGGGAUCUCUUGACUCCUGUAAUUCAAUCAGACACCGUGAGGAACAUAAUGGACAUGAAAGCAAACAUGGGUUCCUUUGCUGCUGCUCUGAAUGACAAAGACGCUUGGGUUAUGAAUGUCGUUCCUGAAGACGGGCCUAACACGCUUAAACUGAUAUACGACAGAGGCCUAAUGGGUGCUGUUCAUAGCUGGUGUGAAGCAUUCUCAACGUACCCAAGGACUUACGAUCUACUCCAUGCUUGGGACAUCAUUUCUGAUGUCAAGAAGAGAGGUUGCAGCGCAGAGGAUUUGUUGUUGGAGAUGGAUCGUAUACUUAGGCCAAGCGGGUUCAUACUCAUAAGGGACAAACAAUCUGUAGUUGAUCUUGUGAAGAAGUAUCUCAAGGCUUUGCAUUGGGAAGCAGUUGAAACGAAGGCAGCCUCGGAUUCAGACCAUGACUCGGAUGUCAUACUCGUUGUCCAGAAGAAGCUCUGGUUGACAAGUGAAAGCCUCAGAGAUCUCGAGUGAUCAUCAUGAUGGCCAGAAACUGCAUCCAAACAUGAAAAAAACAAGAUUCGCAAUAGAUAUCUUUGUUGGGAGAAUCUAAUCAAAGCAUACAACGAUUAAAAAUUCGUUUUAUAGCAGCUUAACGUUUUGUUUUCUUUUUAAUAUUUCUUUCUUUUACAUAUUCAUAUAUGCUGUUUGUAUGGUUCAGUAGAGAUGCUCAGUUUCCUAUCAAUUAAAACUUUUUUUGAUGAUGUUUAAUUAUGUAUACAUUCAAUCAUUGGUUAAUAGAUUUAUAGAAUUUAAUGA